UGGGCAUCGAGAACCGGUUCCAACUGGAACCGGUUCCAAAAUAACGAUGCCAUUGGAAUCAUUUAUAAAAUUUGUUUUCGAUUCCGAUCAUCGGUUCCAAACGUGCAAGUUUUGGUUUCCAUAGUGGCCACCGUAUUUCCGGAAGUGCUUGCCGCGCACGCGCCCGCUUGUUUUGUUGCAGUCAUGGAGCACGGUAAGCGACGCUCAAAAGUGUGGCUUUAUUUCACAUUAAAAAAGCCUGGGUCGGCACAGUGCAACACAUGUGAUAAACUUAUUUCUUGCACGGGAGGAUGCACUACAAACAUGACUAAACACCUACGCCUGCAUGGUGUACAAAUUAACAAGGACUGUAGCGUGUUCGACGUGCUGCGCAGGUCAACGGUCUCGUCCUCCUCGGGCAACCCUGUGCCAACAAACGUUACAUCGUCGUCACAAUCAGGUAAGUGAUUGUAGUGUAACAAAGCGCUUAACCAAAUUGCUAGUUGUGGUGAACAACAACGUGACUGUUUUUUUCCCACUUGUAGAUGAAUGUAGUGUUACGCAAAUUGCCCACGCUAGUAGCAGUCCUAAUGUUACUGCUGCAAAUGCUAAACUGGUGGAGACUCGGUGUGAAACUCCAUUCACCUUUGCAGCAAAGCAGGGGAAAAUGCCAGCAGAGAAAGUGGAAGAGUGCCACAGAAAAGUUACCGCAUAUGUGGUGAAAAGACUGCAUCCCUUCUCUGACGUAGAAUCGCCAACGUUCAGGUAACUAUUGUUAGUUAACCCUUUAAACCUAAAGCUUAUAUAUAGGUUUUUUUUACUGUAAAAUUCUAAAGCCAUGUGCUAUCUUCAUGUGCAAGUUGUCAUCUUUUUCAGAACGAAUUCAACAAAUUACAGUAACCAUUACUGUGUGUGGGAUAUGAUCCAUUCUAUCAACCCCAAGUACACCCCCCCUACCAGAGACUAUUUGGCAAACCAGUUAAUCCCAACUUGGUACAAAAUAGAAAAAUCUAAUGUAAUCUCUGAGCUUGCUGAGGUCCACUCUGUUGCCCUCACUUGUGACUCCUGGACUAGCAUUGCUCAAGACCACUACCUAACUGUCACAGCACCCUAUUUAGUGGAGGGCAAAAUGAAGCAAAAAGUGCUGCAAACGAAAGCUGUCUACACAGCCCAGACCGGACAUGUCGUGGCAGAAGAGAUCGUCGACAUCCUGAAAGAUUAUGGCAUUUUUGACAAAGUAGUGGCUGCUACUGUGGAUAAUGCUGCAAAUAUGGACGUAGCUAUAAAAAGACUAGAGUUUGUAAAACUGGGCUGCUUUGCACACACACUCAAUCUUGCAGCACAGAGUCUCUACUCCCUGACUGCAGUGACUCAGUGGACUGCAAAGCUCCGUGCCAUCAUCGUGUGGAUGAAGAGGUCCUCGAUGGCAAAAGUUGUUCUGCGAGAGAAGCAAGAUCUCCUCAAGCUACCUCAACACUCACUCACACUUGAUGUGAGAACUCGAUGGAACUCUCUCUACCUUAUGAUGGAGAGAUUCCUAGAGCAAUACCCGGCAAUUCAAGCAGCCAGCUUGGAUCAACGGCUGAGAAAGAAUAUGGAGAGGGACAGACUUGCCCGGCUGAGUGAUGAAGACUUCAGGAAGGCAGAGGACUUCAUCAACUUGAUGAGAGUUCUUUACACUUCCACGCUUUGCGUUUCAACUGAGAAGAACCCCACAUGUGGCCAGAUCCUGCCAAUUCUGAAAAAGCUUGAGAUGCACUUUACUGCUGUUGAGGGAGACACCGUUUUUAUAACCAAUCUCAAGAAGCAAGUUUGGGCAAACUUGUCCAAGCGAUAUCAGAGUGAGGACAUCAGGAACUUUCUUGAAGUGGCCACAGCAUUAGACCCACGCUUCAAACUAAAUAUUGGUGGUGAUGAUGAUGCUGUCUGGGACCGAAUCAAAAGAGACAUGAUGAAAGACUCCGAGCAUGAGCAGCAGUCAACAGAGGACGAUUGUGGAGAAGGUAGUGAGAAAAGGGAUGAGAAUGACGAAGUGGAGGAGGAAGAUGAGAAUCAACAACCUCCAAGCAAACAUCCAAGAAAGUCUCCAUUGGAGGAGCUUUUUGCCGAUGAGGAUGCAGAAAAGAUGUCAUCUCAUAGGAGAACCAUGUCCAUCCAGGACAAGGCAGAGAAGGAGAUCCAGAUGUAUAAGGAGACACCACCAACCUUUACGUCUGAUGACCCUGCUGCCUGGUGGUGGAACCAGCGCAUGACUUAUCCUUUAAUGUCAAACACUGCCUUUUCGUAUUUGUGUGUUCAGGCCUCCUCUACACCUAGUGAACGGGUGUUCUCAACUGCCGGUGACACAAUCUGUGCUGAACGUUCACGGAUACUGCCUGAGAAGGCAGACAUGCUCAUAUUUUUGAACAAGAACUGUUUUUAAUUUAAUGAGUUAGUUUAUACAUGUCCAGACCAGGGUGCAAGUUCUGUAAUAUAUAAAUAUAUGUGUGUUUUGGUCUGGUGCGUUCCUAAUUUUCUCCUACAUAAGCUGCAGUUCCCAAAACUAAAACUCAUUGAAUCAGAAUAAACAUUUCCUCUGUGAAAUGAGCCUGUGUCAUGUUUUAACUCCACCCCUCAAAGAAUCGGAAUUGAGAAUCGAAAAGAACCGGAAUCGAAAGCAAGAAUCGGAAUCGGAAUCAGAAUCGUUCGAAUCAAAACGAUGCCCAACCCUAUU